CUGCAACCUUGUUCAGGAAUCUUCUGAGCACCUUUUUCACGAAUGUUGCAAAACUCGGGGUGUUUGGGAUUUGGUCUCGGUUGCAGUUGGAGGUUGAUCCUUUCCAACUUUACUAGCUCUGACAGUCUCAUUCUCCUAUCGAUGGCUUCUUGGAAUGCUACGCAUCAGGUUUGUAGUGGGGGGUUUUUAGUUUCUUCGCCUAAUUACAGUAUUCUCAUCGUAGGUUGCCUCCUUUUAAAGGCUGAAUCCCAACUUGAGGCUGAUAUUCUAACAUUGGUUGUUGCUCUUAACGUCGUCACUUCCAUGCCUUUGCAAAUCAGCAACAUCCUAGUUAGCAACAACUCAAUCUUGAAGCUUAUCCAUUCUGCUGAUCCUACUUGCUCUUGACAUCUCUACUCGAGUCUUGAACACUUGAAGAACUUAUUAGCCCGGGUUAACACUCCUCGAAUUAAUUCCGUCCCAUGGUUGUUGCAUCGUGUUCUCAUUAAGCCUGCCGGUUUCGGUCGUUAUCUUCAUCAAUUAUCUCUAUUUCACUCUGGGCGGGAGUUACGUCAAUGGCUCAUGAAAUAUUUCUUAGACCUGGGUUUUACUUUUGCUUAGCCUUGCACAGUUGGUGUUUGUUGGUCUUCUCAAUUUUAGUUUCAGCUGUUCUAGCUUCUUUUGUACUUCGAUUUAUAG